UCUCUCUUUUCUUUGUAUGAGACCACGGCCGUCAUAGGUUAUUUUUAGUGCUGGACAUUCUGUACAUGAUAGAAUUAUGAUGAACGGAUUAGUUUACCUGAGCCUAGUGAUCCGUGGUCUGGGGAAUGCUGGAUCGUGCUGGCUGUCUUUCGGGUCUUGCAUGUGGUGCGGUGUAUAUGAUUAAAUUAAAACACGAAGAAUAUUGUAAAGCGUUAAAUUAAACUCGAUGCCGAAGUCAAAGCGUGACAAGAAAAUAUCAUUAACAAAAACAAAGAAGAAAGGUCUGGUUUUUAAACAACAGUUAGUUGAUGAAAUUCGAAAAUGCGUAGAAGACUACAGGAGAAUCUUUGUAUUUUCUGUUCAGAACAUGAGGAACUCAAAAUUGAAAGACCUCCGUACUGAAUGGAAACAUAGUAGAUUUUUCUUUGGUAAAAACAAAGUUAUGGCCCUAGGUCUUGGUAAGACAAAGGAAACAGAAGGUCAGAAUAAACUGCAUAAAUUGACAAAGCAUCUGGUUGGUCAGUGUGGUUUACUCUUCACAAAUAAGAAACGUGACGAAGUUCUUGACUGGUUUAAUAACUACAGUGAAAAUGACUUUGCCAGAGCUGGAAAUCUUGCUACGGAAACAGUGACGCUACCACCUGGCCCCCUUCUGCAAUUCCCUCAUUCUAUAGAACCACAUCUUCGUCAGCUCGGAAUGCCCACAAGUCUGCAGAGAGGUGUGGUUACACUGCUUUCAGAAUUUACUGUCUGCAAGGCUGAUAAAGCACUUAAACCAGAGCAGGCCAGGAUACUGAAAUUGCUUGGACAUGAAAUGGCAGAGUUCAAAAUUACAAUGAAAUGUAUGUGGUCAAAGGAUGGGAAGUUUAAGAAGUUUAGAAGCAAACUGAAGAAAACGCCAAAAUCUCAGGGAUCUCAGGAAGUGGUGGUUGAUGUCGAUAUGAAAGACGGAGAUGAAAUUGUAGGCACUAGUGGUUGAGGUUUACAUUGAAAGUGACAGGAAGUGGUGAUGUUACUUGAAUAUCUCAACCCUUCAACGGCACAGGACAUUUAAUUCCUACUCACUCCUUGGGAUAGAGAAUAUUUAAACAUUUAAAACAGCAAAUGCAACAUUUCACUUAAAGUGUAAUAAAUUUUGGAAAAACUGGGUGUUUGUUUUUUAAUUUUCACAAUACAUUCAGAAAUGUGUAUAGAAUUGUUGUAUUGAUAUGCACUGCUUUAAAAUUAUUUUUUGGCACAGUAAGCCUAUAAAAAUUAGGAAUUAUAGUAUCGUAUCAUCUUAGAAAUUCAGCUGGGUGUAUUGUGAAAACAUGCGUCACACCAGUACACAGUUUUUGACACAACAUGUUGUUUCUCUGGUCUUGAGUUCUUUGCUGUUGGUACAAUCUUGGUUAUAAAAGUUAUUUCUCUUAGACAGGGCACUGUUUGUAUGACGAUUGUCAACCCAGCACUUUGUGUUCUACAGCAUUAGCAUUUUUUCAGAGGCCCUCAAUUAACUGAAUCCUGAUUGACAAUUGAUCUGUUCUUUUCUUUGUGUUAUUCCUACAUAUCACAUUCGGAAAUCUUUUUGCCCCUUCUAUUUUUGCAUAUUCGCCCAGUGGACAUUUGUGCUUUUUUCGAUUCUGUCAUUUACCACAUACAUCCAUUUUCACUCUCAAAUUCCGAAUCUGGUAAAACUUUUUUCUAAUUCAGUUUGAAGUAAAUAUAUCCUUCACAGGUUGCCCCUUGACUGCUAAAACCUCACUGCAUGAUGUGUAUUUAUAGAAGAAAGGGGAAUUUCAAUAUCAUUCAUUUUGUGAACUGUUGUCAUAACACACUUCUUAGAGUCAACAUCACGUCUCAAAGUCUUAGAUUCUCCAAUCUAGAAGCAGCACUCGUCAGAAUAUGCCUCAAGAGAAUCGACUUUUCAUUCGAUCAGCAUGCAGGAACGCACACAUUAUCGAUCUAACAUAUUUAGUUCAUUAGAAUUAGAUUUAUAUGGUAAUAAGUGUUGAAGUAGAAAAUUUUUUUCAAAGCUUUCAAAUGUAUUACAACUACCGCAAAAAGUUCAAAGUGGGACAACAAAUAUACGAAAUGAUAACCUGAAAUUUCAUACCAAAAUAAUUACUGUACAUGAAAAACAACAGUUCAAAA